GUGAUUACCCGAGAGGCGGAUCGCCGCUCCAAACAAACACUUGACGUUUAGACGGUGACAGCGAUUAGUGACAAAAGCAACACGUUGCUCCGAGGGUUCAUGAAUUUGAUCACUUUGGGUCUGUUUUACCUCUAACCGUUAAUCGAACAUGUCUCAGUUGGAUGUGACCAAAAACAAACUAGAAAUCUUGGACACAUGGAAAGAUGUGGUAGACGACAAGACGCCGACCAACUGGUAAGUAAUAUUUGAAAAACGAUUUUACGACGUCGGGCAGAAGGAUUUCAAUCGGACUCUGAUGACGCAAUGUUUAUUUUUCUAGGGCCUUAUUUGGGUACGAGGGGCCAACUAAUGUACUGAAAGUAAUCAGCCAAGGAGGUAGGUACGCGAUUUAAAAUACAAUAUUUUUUGCCAUUCAAAAUUAUAUAAAUCUGCUUAGUAAUUAUUUUCUUACAUGAUUAUGGGUAAUUAAGCCUCAUUAAAUAAAAUGUAGUUCAAGGUGACAAAGACAAUGGCUUUUGUAAUAUUUUUUCCCUUGAUUUUUCAGAAGGCGGAAUCGAAGAAAUGAAAGAAGACCUGAACAGCUCUAAAAUAAUGUAUGCUUUUUGCAGAGUGCUGGACCCAAAGACUAGCCUUUACAAAUGUGUCUUAAUAAAUUGGGUUAGAUUAUGUCUACCGUAUAUGUAUUACUGAUUUAGAUAUAAAUUUAGUUACUGGCCCAUACUAAUUUUUAAUUUUUUUUUAAUAUAAUGCAUAUUGCCAAGUCAAAAACAAUGCCUGGUGAAGUCAAAGUUGGGCGGACUGACUUAGUUUGAAGUUUGGAUAUUAUGUUAUGUUAAAUAAUCCAAUUUUGAAUAUUCACUUAUCAUUUAACCUUUGAGCAUGCAUCUGCCUUUUUUUAACGUUUAUAGCCAUGUGGAAGUCUAUCGUACCCCAUUUAAAAAAAUGAUUAAAAUAUUUUAUAGUACGUUAAUUUUUUUUAAAAUUUUAAGAAAAUAUUAACUAGAUAUUAUAGUUUUAUUAACGGGUUACCAUAUGAUAUUAAAAAUAGAUACAAAUUUAAUAAUAAAAAAAUAAAACUACAGAACAUUAGGUUAUUAUAUUUUUUGUUAUUAAUAUUUUAUUAUUAAUGAGGUCAAUUAAACCCCACAUGCCUGCUUAAGGGUUAAUAUAGUCUAUUAAUGAUGCGUACUUGGUAUCAAAUUGGAGGUCCCAAGUUCGAAUUUUUUUUCUCUAAACUGUUUUUUUUUUUGCACUUGUUACUAUAUUUUUAAUGUUACCCCAUAAAAUAAUAAUUAUUAAAUAUGGUUUUCCUUACAAAAUACAUUAAUUUUUUUUUCCUGUUACAUACCUAAUGUGGUGUUGCAUGAAAAAAAAAAAAAAUGAAAAAUUUGCAUGUACCAGCAACUAAAUGUGUUCCCAGAUUUGUAAAAUUAAACAUUUUUUUUUUUUUAUUAAUUUUAGCAAGGAGAAGGAGCACCCAUCAUCAGGAAAGGAACUUGUGCCAAUCAUAUCCGCGAUGUGUCAAAUGUUUUAAAAGGAGCACACGUCACAAUAAAUGCUCGUAAUGAUGACGAAGUAGAUACGGACAUUAUUUUGUCCAAAGUUGCCAAGUCGUCGGCAUCCGUGUAUUCAUUCAAAGAAAGACUGGAUCAAUCUCAGCCUCUUGAGAAAAUUGUAAUUUAAUGAAUAAUAUAAUUUUAUCAUUGUUUGAAUCCAAUAACAAUUGUUUAUUUUUUUGUUUUGAAGGGUACAACUUACAAGAGAAUUCAACCAAAUUUAGAAAUCAAUUCAACAGAAAGAGACAAGUUUUGGGCAGCGGAAGAAAAAAAGGAAAAACUUAGACAAGAUGAAGAACGGACGAAAAAAGAACAAGAGAAAAAGAAAAUUGAGGAUGAAAGAUUAUUUCGAGAAGUAAUAAUGCAAAAUAAAUAUUUUAUUUUAACUUUUAAUAUCCUUUGUAAGAUCCAUAGAGACAACAACGAUCAUUAAUAAAAUUAGACCCAUUGUCAUUACCUAAUAUUAAAAACCUCACAUUUUUCAGCAAAAAAGUUAUGCUUUUAUUUUGUUUUUUUGUUUCUUUGUCUGGACUGUUAAAUCAGUAGACUAUCAGUUUUUACUAUGAUCAGUUACAAAGGAAUAAAGGAAGUAAAGGAAAAUUUGUCAAAAGAAAACUCACAAAGUGAACACACUUUUUCCGAUCAUGAUAAAAUCUAUUUUAGUCUAUAAUACUUAUGGUUUAAUAUUAGUACAAAUUCAGUUAUGUGUUUUUGUUUGCCUUCUAUAUAUAUUUUAUAGGAUGCUGAUAGAAUCAGAAGAGAUUCAAUAAUUAAAGAGGAGCUUCCAAAAGUCUUAUCAGAAUCAGCUGUUCAUAAACCAGAACCAGAGGAAGCUAAAAUCGAAAUAGCAAAACCAGGAUUGGUCGUCACUGAAGAACCUGAAAAUUCAAAUGAACAAAAUAAUGAUUUAGGCACUUAUGGAAUCAGAGCUGAAGCCUUGUACGACUACCAAGCAGGUAGUACUAUUGAUCUUUAAAAGUAGAAUUUAAGUUACUUAGUUUUUUUUUUUAAAACUGUCUACUUAUCUAGCUGACGAUACUGAAAUAUCAUUCGAUCCUGGCGAUAUAAUUUGUCAUAUUGAUAAAAUCGAUCAAGGCUGGUGGCAGGGGUUGAGCCCCGAUGGCACCUUUGGUUUAUUUCCAGCUAAUUAUGUACAACUUCUUCCUUAGAGUUUAUUGUUCUCGUUUGUAUCAUAAUAAUUAAUAUUAUCAUAUAUACAAUUUUAUUAUAAAUUUUAAUUUCAUUACAAAUGGUUGUAAAAACGUUCAAGUUUUUUAAAUUAUUUAAAAAUAGAUAAUUGUUAAUCUAGUUAAAAUAUUUAUUCAUUUUUCUAUUAAAUUUUACUAAAAAAUUUAAAUGAUUGUUCUGUUUUUUGUUGGAAACUUGACGACCAAUCCAUAUAUAAAAAUCAAAAGGUAAACAAAUUAUUGUAUUUUACAAUUAAUACACUGUUUGUAUAUUUAUUUGUAUGACUUUCCUAUUAUUUAUAUUGUCAAUUAAACAUUUGUAAUGUAAAAUAUUACAUAUUUAUAGUCAAAUGAUCGAAAAUGAGAAGCAGACACAACUGUUGUGUUAAGUAUAGGGAGUUUUAAAUAUCUAUUUUUUUUAUUACUAUUAUUAAUUAUUAUUAAUACAGUUGAUACAUGCAUUUUUAUAGAAUUGUUGUAAUAUUUAUAUUUCAAUAUUGUACUGUUAGAUGUUUUGUGCUAAGUCUGAAAAUAUAUUAUUAUUACAUAUUAUUUUAUAGUGCCUUUAUUGGUAUUACCAUAAAAAUCAAUUAUAGAACAUUGCAUCCUCUUUAUCUUUUAUCUACUCUUUCUCCUUUUUUCUAACAUUUUUAUUUUUAAUAAUUUCAUUUUCAUUUCGCCCUAUUGAUAUUUUUCUUGCACACAGAUAAGACCAUACCUAUGUACUGUAUUUUACUUUUAUUUAAGAUGUUCUCAUUUUUAUUAAAAUAUCUAUUGAGUAAAAUCACAACAAUCAUAUCAUGAUGCAAAACAAAAAAAAUGUUUCAGUAAAUACCUACUAGCUCUACAUAAUAUUAUAAAAUAUAUUAUAAUAAUGUAAUUUACAGUUUUAUUUAAUUUUUUUCAAUGGUAUACACUAUACAUAAAAAUAUCGAUUACACUAGGUUGGUACAUAUUCCAUUUUUGGAGAUUCAUUUACUACAACAGGUACAGUCGUUGGAAACCUGCUGCACGAGCUCUCCAUCUCUUCAAUUUCUGCGUUGGACACGAUUAUAGACACAGCCCUUUUAAUCUUGGCUACCGUGAUGGGUUUCAGCUGUUUGACCGUUUGGGCCAUGGCGUGGAAAAACGCAUCCACCGAGUCCAUGUCUUCCAUUCUGU